AUGUUCGUUAUGAAUGCAGACCGGGUGCCCAACCUUGAGAAAGCGGAGGCUCCAGCUGCCCCUCGCGCUCAUCCUUUGCAACGGCGACCUGCAUUGCAACCCUUGCAGCCUGCGGAGUCUCUAUCACCACCUCGGUCACCAGUGCAGAAGAACGACACGCGCAAUGAGGAGAUGCCCAAGCGACAUGAUGAUCUUCCUGGCAUCGCCGAGCGAAAGUCAUCCAAGUUGACAAGCAGUACAAAGACAUCAAAGACUCAGAAGGUUCCUGCCAUCACAGUGGCAGGAUCGGCAGGUGCCUGUUAUGGCCACCGACCCCUUUCCAAGCAGAAGUUUGGAAGUGGAUACAACCAGCUCCCAGACCGUACCGUGAAGGUGAAAGAGCCCAAGGGCCUGCGCACUGCGCGAGGCAACAAGGAGCGCUUGCCCCAGACCAGGAAGUUGCGUCCCUUGCCACUGGAGAUGAAGGAAGACGGAACUUGCCAAGGCAUCCAAGGUGCAUCACAGCCCUCCAGUUCCGGUAGUGAGACCUUGGGGUCCAGCAGGCGGGAAAGGAAGACAUCAAAAGGAAGAGCCACUGAAGAGGAGCAUGGCGACUCAGUGACCCCCUCGCCGACAGCAGCCAAGCGGCGAGCACAGAGGAAGCUGCACAAGACAGCAGAGAUCUAUGGCGCACCUGACGCUGUGGGGCACACCUUAAGGUUGCCACAUGCAUUGCCUCGUUUCGAGCGAGCGGAGGUGAAUGCUGGACGUUCCGACACGCAAGUGCCACUGCCACCAGCUAAGAGCCGUGAUGCCUUGAAAUUGUCAAUCUUUCCGCUUUGGACCCAUUGGAAUCGUUGGAGCUAUGGAUUAAGGCCGACCCCCAGUUCUCUGGAUCCGUUGGUAAAGACCGCUGCAUUGGCACGAGCCUCAAAGGAACCUCUGCGACGUAAGGCCAAAUGCUUCAAAUUCCUUCGAUCCUUUGGUCAAGCCUACCUUGGCCGGGUGGCCUCGAGACACAAUCGACAUCAGUCGAUGCAGAUUUUCAACCUGGGCCCAGGCAUUAGCUUGUUGUUGCCACUGAACCCAGCCUUAGUGUUUGUGCUUCAGUUCGCCAUGGUGACGGCCCCUCAUUUGCUUCCCUCUUUCGUGCAGGCCAAGUCGGUCCAUGCCUUGCAACGUGCCAUGGAUCCCGCCUCAUCUGGCGCAGCGCCAAAGCGCAGUUCUAAGCGAAAGUUGAAGGUUAAGGGACAAAAGUUGCAGGACGGGGUGCCUCCAGCGGAGCCCCCUUACCCAAAGAAGCGGAAGUCGACGAAGUCGACGAAGCCGACGAAGUCAGACGCGAAGUCUGUGGAGGUCUCCGCCAAGGCCUAUAGGGCCAAGCAUGCCAUCGUGGUGCAGAAGAGCUGCCUGGCUCCCCUGGCCACAUUCCAGCAAGCGAGAAGCAGCCUGGGUGAUGAUUUGGUGAAAGCCAUGGAAGAACAAGGAUAUACAGCUCCAACUCCCAUCCAGGCGCAAGCAUGGCCCAUAGCACUGCGUGGCCAUGAUUUGGUGGCCGUGGCCAAGACUGGCAGUGGAAAGACGAAUGGCUAUUUGCUUCCUGCUAUGGCUCUCAUUGCCAAGAGGGGCCCCUGCAAGAGCCAUGGGAAACACAAAACUGGACUUGAUGAACGACCCCCCGCACAGCCCAGCAGCUUGGUUAUGGCGCCCACCCGCGAGCUGGUUCAGCAGAUUGCCGUCGAAGCCAAGAAAUUGGCGCCCGUGGUCUCUGCGCGAGUGCUGGGCAUCUUUGGAGGUGUGGGAAAAGGACCGCAGGUGUCAGCUUUGAAGGCCGGAGUGGAUUUGCUGUGUGCUACCCCCGGGCGCCUUCGUGAUUUUAUGACUGGAGACAAGACGAAGGCACCUGUGUGCCUUGUCGACUCCGUGAGCUACUUGGUCAUGGAUGAGGCCGAUCGCAUGUUGGACAUGGGCUUUGAACCCGAGAUUCGCCAAAUCAUCGCCAACUGCCCAGCAUCAGGUGCUGCUCAGGAGGUCUUGUCUGGUGAGGCACGACAGACCCUGUUCUUCACGGCCACAUGGCCACCAGAAGUGCAGCGAAGUGCGCUACACUUCACACAUCAGGCAGUGAAGAUUCAGGUAGGAGGAGCUUCCAAAGAGACCUCUGCUGGGCUGGCCACUAACAGCAACAUCAAGCAGAUGGUGCGAGUGGUGCAGCACGACGACAAGAUCAUUGCUUUGAAGAAAGUCAUUGUUUCUGACCUGAAACCUGGAGAAACGGCCAUCGUCUUCGCAGGCCGAAAGCAGACGUGCGACGCCUUGGAGAAGGAGCUCACCUGGGAUCCCAUGAAGGCUGAAGCACCCAUUUGCGCCUGGUGUCGAGCCCUGCAUGGCGACAAGGAGCAGCAGGAUCGUCAGAAAGCCCUAGCAGCUUUUCGUGCGAUCACCGAAAACCCAAGAAAAGGACAGAAAGGUGUGUUGAUUGCCACGGAUGUUGCCUCCCGUGGACUUGAUAUUCCUGGAGUUGCGCUGGUGGUUAUCUUUGACUAUGCGGAAUCUUCGACGGCCAAGGAAGCGGCCGAGAGCUACGUGCACCGCAUCGGGCGGACAGGCCGUGCUGGCAAGGAGGGGCGAGCUAUCACCUUCUUCUGCCCAGAGAAGGACGUGGGUGCGGAACGCCUGUGCCAACUUCUACGAGCUGCCGGUCAGGAGGUGCCUCAGAAAUUGGAGGAACUCGUGUCGGAAGCGUCUCGUGUUGAGGAUGCCAGAAGAUCCAAAGAGAUCAAAGGCAAAGGCAAAGGGAAAGAAGCAAAAGGCCGUGGCAAGGCGAAGCUCAAGGGCAAAGGCAAAGGUUCUCCUGCGGAGACGGGCACCACGGAAGGAUGCAGGGCACGAAGGAGACUUUCUGACAAGAGAGGUGAACUGGAUCCACUAAGUGGAUUUGGUGAUCAGCCACGGGCAUCGCAACUGAGUACCAUCGUACCGAUUCAGUAG